AUGGACAAAACUCUGGAUCCGAAAAUCAAGGAGUGGAAAGACAUCCGCAAUGAAUGGGCUCUCAAGCAUGCUGAGGAGGCUAUCAAAAACGAUUGGAACGAUUUGGUCAAACAAGGUACCUCUAUUGGCACCCAGCGAUCUCCGUUUCUUUCGGAUGAUCACGAACUACCAGACCCCGUCGACAAACUUGUCGGGGACAAACCUAAGCCUUCUGAGCCAGCAGAAGACAUCGUGCUGAAUAUUGGCAUUAUCGGCGCAGGUGCCGCUGGCCUGUUCACCGGAUUGCUUUUGGACUUCCUCAACAAGAAGUAUCAGGAGAAAUUCAAAACAAAGAAAGUCCAGUUCAAGUAUGACAUUCUUGAAGCGUCAGAGAGGGUAGGCGGGAGGCUUUUCACAUAUAACUUCGACGACUCCCCAAUAAACAGAGAUGGGUCGGUUAAUCGUAAUUACUACGAUGUGGGAGCCAUGAGGUUCCCUGACAAUCCGGUGAUGGAACGUACUUUCCGACUAUUCAACUUUCUAGAAAUGCACAAAGCCCAAGAUACACAAGGUGCUAAACUAGGGGAUCUUCUCCCAUACUACAUCAAGGGCGACAAAGAGCCGUGGCACUUCAAUGGCACGACCAAAUGGGGCGAUUACGCUUCAAUUUCAGCGCAGGGUUUAGAUCCAUGGAAGUUGAAUGAAGAUGGCAAAAUCCCUGAAGACAUUUUGAAAAAGCCGCCAAGCGACGUCUUCAAUGACAUUAUAAAAACCUUCCGAGAAAAACUCAUGCAAGACAAGGCUACCAGCAAUAAGUCCAGCGAGGGAUGGAAAUACCUCAUGGAAUACGACGACCAUAGUACUCGAUCAUAUCUGGCCGUUGGAACUGAAUGGUAUGACCAAGCUUUGAGCGAAGCUGUGCUAGAAUCCCUGGACUUUGACUGGAAACCCGGAACGGACUGGCGCUGCAUCCUCGGGGGUAGCGGUGUGCUGGCGGAUAAAAUGGUCCAGAAGCUAAAGAAUCCAUUAUCAGUGGAGAGGAGUACGGCAGUGACGAAGAUCAAGAAUAAGGGAGAGCAACAAGUGGAGAUCGCGUAUGAAAAAGCUAAUAUCGGCCCCCAAUCUCACACCUAUAACGCUGUUUUCAGCUCCGUGCCACUAGGUUGUCUUCAACGCAUCGACACUAGCGAGGCUAAGCUGAACUAUGGCGUCCGACAGGCCAUGCGCGCUCUCAGCUACGGGCCCUCCGGCAAGGUCGGAAUCAAAUUCAGGAAUCCGUGGUGGCUCUAUAAAUUGAAUGAUGCGAAUCUCAAACACGCUGGGCUAGGCCAUUCAGACCUCUCGAUCAGAACUUGUGUGUAUCCGUCUUACAACCUACAAACCCCGGAAGAAGAGGAGGCCGUCCUUCUCUGCUCAUAUACCUGGCAACAAGACGCCCUCCGACUGAGCUCUCUGGUUUCCAAGAGCACAGACUUGAAGAACAAAUGGAAAGAGGAGACUGAGUUAAAGAACAUCCUUAUACACGACCUUGCUCGUCUGCAUGCGGGUGAUGACUCUGGAAAGACAGUGCCUGAGCUUGAGGAGAUUAUAGGUAACUCAUACUUGGAGCACUUCGCUUUUGAUUGGUAUCAAAACCCACACUCUGUGGGAGCAUUUGCCUUCUUUGGUCCACAGCAGUUCCGUUCCUCAUGGCCCAAAAUUAUCCAGCCGUCGGGUGAUCUCGCCAUCAUUGGAGAAGCUGCAAGCCCUCACCAUGCGUGGGUGGUGGGAGCGUUGGAAAGCGCCGUCCACCAGGUCUAUUCUUGGCUCAAUCAGCACAAGGACAAGAUUCAUGGGUUUUCAGAGUUGGCCGAGCUGUUGGAAAAUGACCCCCCCGCUGAUGAUCUCAAUCCUUUCCAGGGUCUUCCUCCAUACAUGCGCACGGAGACAUGCAAAUGGCAAUCAGUGCUAGCAAAAGCGUAUAGGGAGAUGCCUGAUUGCAUGUGA